GGGGGGGGGGGACACCUAAUUGGCAUGCGCCUCCACCGCGCUUUUCUCUUUUUUUGCGCGAUUUUUCCCCUCCUCCGGCACGUCCGCCGCCAUGGGCAAGCGCUGGCUCCCCCUCGAGGCCAACCCGGAGGUCAUGAACCAGUUUAUGCGGGGAUUAGGGGUUCCCGCGGAGGCGGGGUUCUGCGACGUCUACGGUCUCGACGACGAGAUGCUCGCCAUGGUGCCACAGCCCGUGCUCGCCGUCAUCUUGCUUUAUCCUCAGGAUCGGAAGAAGGAAUCCGUUGCUUCACCCUCCUCCACGGUCGAGAGCAAGAAGCUCAGCAAGAAUGUAUACUUUACAAAACAGACUAUUGGUAAUGCCUGUGGAACAGUUGGAAUUAUCCAUGCAAUAGGGAAUGCUUUAUCCAGAAUCAAGCUUGUUGAGGGGUCAUAUUUUGACAGAUUUUACAAACAAACAGCUGAUAUGGAUCCUGCCCAGCGUGCUUCGUUUCUUGAGGAGGAUGAAGAAAUGGAAAAGGCUCAUUCUGUUGCUGUUUCUGCUGGCGAUACAGAGGCCAAGGAUGGAGUAAUCGAACAUUAUGUCUGUUUCUCCUGUGUUGAUGAUGAAAUUUUUGAACUUGAUGGAGGGAAUUCGCAGCCAAUCUCCCAUGGCCCUUCCUCUCCUGAUAGCUUGUUGCAGGACGCUGCAAAAGUCAUCAAAGCUAGGAUUGCGCAGUACCCCGGGUCACUCAAUUUCAAUGUCAUGGCUCUUUCAAAGCAGUGAUGAAAUCAUAUCCUGGUAGAAAGGUUUUAUUAUUCACACCACUCUUUUCCAGUCUGCAAUAAUCUUGUUCAUGAUGUCCAAAUGUACUCAGCAAUUGACGAGACAGAACAGUGUUUGCAUCUACUAUCUGACAAUCUCACGAGUCUCUAGCUAUCUCCAGUGAUGUUACCAGAA